AAAAGGCAGUAAUAUUCAUUUUAGCAGAGGAAGAGAAGAGAGAGAGAGCGAGAGAGAUGGAAGCAGAAGAAGAAGAUGAAGAAAAUUUUGGGUCAAAAGAAUUAGGACCAAAAACAUACUGCGUUACUGGUGCCACUGGCUUCAUUGGCUCAUGGUUGGUUAACCUUCUUCUUCUAAAUGGCUAUAAGGUUCAUGCCACCGCUCGAGACCCUGCAAAGUCUCUAAAGCUACUAUCAUCAUGGACGGUUACUGACCGUUUACGAUUGUUCAAAGCGGAUUUGCAAGAAGAAGGAAGCUUUGAUGAAGCUGUAAAAGGUUGUGAUGGUGUAUUUCAUGUUGCUGCUUCAAUGACUUUCAAUGUUGAUCAACAGGACAACAUUGAGGAAUAUGUUCAAAAGAAUGUGAUUGACCCGGAAAUUAAAGGGACCAUAAACCUUCUGAAAUCUUGCUUGAAAUCUAAAUCUGUAAAGCGAGUUGUACUCACAUCGACAAUUAGUACUCUCACGGGUAAAGACGCAGAUGGAGAACGAAGGCGUUUAGUUGAUGAAUCAUGUCGAACUUUAGUAGAUCAAGUAUGGAAGAACAAACCAAGUGGUUGGGUUUAUUCACUCUUAAAGCGCCUAAGUGAGGAUGCAGCAUUUAAAUUUGCAUCUGAAAAUAGCAUUGAUAUUGUCUCGAUAAUUACAAGCACUGUUUCUGGUCCAUUUCUCACCUCCUAUAUCCCAUCAAGCAUUCGAGUUUUCACUGCCCCGAUCACAGGCGAUUCAGACUUCCUUAGGAUACUGUCAAAUGUGAAUGAAAGAAUGGGAUCGGUUGCUGUCGUUCACACCAACGAUAUAUGUAGAGCUCACAUAUUCCUAAUGGAGCACGAGAAUGCCAAAGGUCGAUACCUAUGCUGUGUUGAAAGUUGUGGAUUGUCAGAGUUGGUUGAACGACUAUCGCGACACUGUGGUGCAAAUUUUCAAAGAUGUGUUGAUGAGAAGAAAAAUUGGAUGCCUUCUGAGGUUUCUAACAAGAAGUUGAAAGAUUUGGGGUUUAGGUUUGAGCAUGGAAUAGAUGAUAUAAUAAAUGAGACAAUUGAUGCUUGUGUUGAAUGUGGCUUCAUAUCACUUACUUAGAAUGAAGUUGCCAAUUUUAGAAGCAAGAAGUUCUAUACAAAGCUGUAUUGUGCUCUUUAGAAGAAGGGAUUGUCUACACAUUCAUACCAACCAAUAUUACAUAACUCUAAUAUUUGCCUCAAAAGCAAAAGAAAAAUAAUCUGAUGUCACAAGAAAUAUCACAUAUGCAAUGCUACAGUAGACAUUCGAUA